AUGCCUUUACCCAUUGAAGAAGCCGCAUCUGAAGUUGAUCUCCCCGUAAUCGACAUCUCCGAAUUUCCAGAAGACUUGGAUUGUAAAGAUCUGACCCAGCUUCGAUAUCAUCCCCUCCUCGCCAAACUCAGAAAGGCCUGCAAAGAAUGGGGAUUUUUCCAACUUGUCAACCAUGGAAUUCCAGAAGAUCUUCUGGAAAGGGCAGAGAAUGUUUGCAAUGAUUUAUUAGCCUUGCCCACGGUGGUCAAAGACAGAGCCUUAACUGCUAAUCCAUUCGACACAUAUUACCGAACUGGAAAUUUUGAGGCCUUUCGCCUUCCAGACUCGACUAAUCCAAGUUCCGUUGAACAAAUGUGUAGAAAGAUAUGCCCAGAAGGGAACCCAAUUUUUUGCGAAACGAUGGCAACAUACUCUUUGUCUAUAUCAAAUCUUGAAACAAAAAUCACAAAAAUAAUUCUUGCCAGCCUGGGGUUGGAUGCUAACGCUUUCUACCGCUCCCACUUUGAAAAAUGCCCAUCAAUAUUGCGUAUAAACGGCUAUUCAUCAGAGAAAUUAUCCAUUGGAGAGGACGUGCUCAGUUCCCAUACAGAUGGCGGGUGCCUUGGAAUCCUUAAACAAGAUGAUGUGGGAGGGCUUCAGAUUCGAUCUCAGGAGGGCGAGUGGUUCAACGUCAAACCUCUCCCUUACUCUUUUGUGGUCAAUGUGGGGGACUCCCUUAAGGCGUGGAGUAACGGCAGAUGCCGCAGCGCAGAGCAUCGUGUUGUUUACAAAGGUUGGAGAGAUCGUAUGUCAAUUGCCUUCUUCACUGUCUUCCCAGAGGAGAUGGAAAUAUGGGCGCCCGUGGAGCUUGUGGACGACGACAAUCCAAGGCGUUACAAGCCUUUCGUAUUCUCGCAUUUCAAGCAAGAAAGCCUGACUUAUAAAGAAAAAACUACGGCUCUUGAACAAUUCGCGGGUAUAUAA